AUGAGCGGCACCGUGCCAGCACAUGCUGUGUCGCGCUGCGGCGCCGCCGCCGCGCGCCGCCCCGCGGCCUUCACCUGCCGCGCCUCGCCGCUCGACAAGAUCCGCGACGCGCUGCUGGGUGGCGGGCGCACCGCGGAGGCCGAGCCGGCUGACUUGGAAGACGAGGAGGAUCUGGGGGAGAUGGCAUCCCUGGAUGGCAUGGACACCCCCGCCGGCACAGAGGACGCCGCCCUCCUGGUCGGCUUCAUGCACGACGAGGUGGAGCACUUCCGCGCCGUGCUCGAUGACAUGGGCGCAGACAUGGUGGCCGUCAUCCCCGCCAGCCCGUCCAUGAUGGGCGGGACGCUGCAGAGCGCGCUCGAGGCGGGCCCGGUGGCCUACCAGCAGCCGGCCCUGGGGCAGCGGCGCGCAGUGGUGCUCUCUGGAAUGUACACUUCUGAGGUGUUGGAGGUCAUCUCUGGGUACAAGGAUGCUGGGUUGCCGCCCACCGUGUUUGCGGCCGCAGUGCCCAAGAACUUUGAGAGCCAGCUGUCAGACGUGGUCGAGUCUUGCUGGAAGGACCAGAUGGUGGCGCAGCAGAGGGCAGCCCUGGGCAAGCUGGGCGAGAGCAUCGAAGAAGCGUAG